UUAACUUUUAUUUCUAUUUUCGAAGUGAAAUUUAAAUUAUGCACUGUUGGAUUUUUUAAACUGUCUAAGACACAUUAUUCGACAGUCACGUGAAUAUCCCGAAGAUGUUGCUCACGUUGAAAAACUAUUGUGCCCACGUGCCGCAGCGAUGGGUGUUCGCGGUCAUGGGAUGCCUGGCUGUAUCCAACGCAUUUUCAAUGCGAAUUUGCCUGAAUCUGGCCAUCACCAGGAUGGUCUCCGUGGUGAAGACACCGUCGAAUCACACCAGUUUAGACGACACGUGUCCAGCACCCGAGGGAAAGGUGCACUCGUUCUCAAAUGGCGAUGGCAGUUAUGAUUGGGACGAAUACACGCAGGGUAUCAUCCUGUCGAGUUUCUUCUGGGGCUACAUAAUCACCCAAAUACCUGGUGGAAUACUGGCAGACAAGUUUGGAGGGAAGUACACUCUGGGUAUCGGGAUCCUAUCGACGGCAAUUUUCACCAUGUUGACACCGGUGGUGGUUGAAGCCUUCGACGCGACUGGGCUGAUAGUCCUUCGAGUAUUAAUGGGUUUGGGAGAAGGAACGACCUUUCCAGCAGCGAACUCUCUCGUAGCCCAAUGGGCACCGCCGGAAGAAAGGUCGAAGAUCAGCACGGUAGUGAUGUCAGGUAUGCAGGUUGGAACGGUACUAGGAACAUCGCUCUCCGGAGUCCUGAUUCACAACUCCUCCAUGGGCUGGCCUGUGGUCUUCUACUUCUUCGGGGCUUUUGGCGUCCUGUGGUUCCUGGUCUGGGUUGUACUCUGCUACAGCUACCCGGACACUCACCCGUUCAUAAGUGACCGCGAGAAGAAGUUCCUCCGUGAAAGGAUGAGCCAGCACACCCACAAAGAAACGGCACCAACGCCGUGGCGCCGGAUCCUGACCUCGGCACCCUUAUGGGCGUUGAUGAUCGGCAAGGUCGGGGAGAAUUUUGGCUUCCAAACAAUGGUAACCGACCUUCCAAAGUACAUGAGUAGCGUCCUCAAGUUCUCGAUACAGACGAACGGCUUCCUGUCCGCUCUUCCUCUGGUCGCAAUGUGGGUCGGUGGAAUCGUCUCGUCCUGGCUCGCCGACUGGAUGAUAAAGGAGGACAAGAUUUCAAGGACAAACCUACGCAAGGUCUGUGCGACCAUCGCCGCCGUUGGACCGGCGGCUUUCCUCGUCGGCGCGUCCUACGCCGGGUGUGAUCGCACCCUCGUCGUCACCCUGUUCACCCUUGGGAUGGGGCUGAUGGGAUUCAUCUACCCGAGCACCAUGGUCAAUGGUCUUGACCUCAGUCCCAACUACUCGGGUUCCCUGACCGCCAUGACGACAACGAUUGUCGCCAUUGCCGGUAUUGCCGCACCCUACGCUGUCGGCGUUCUCACUCCAAAUCAGACGCUGAGCGAGUGGAGAAUCGUAUUCUGGAUCACGUUCGCCAUUUAUUUGAUAUCCGUUCUGAUCUACGAUUUCUGGGCUGAUGGGGAGGUUCAGGACUGGAACGACCCGGGACUCAAGCUGAAGGGCGAUAAAAAGGAGAACACUGAAAAGCCGAAACAGGACUCUGGCACACAGCAUUCAGAACAAAACGUCCGUAAGGUACAUCCGGUUUAGCUGCAGGUCUUCAAGCUGUGCCUUUUACGGCUCACUGAAACACAUUUUUUGAUUUUAAAUGACGAGGCGUAAUAAAAACGCCCAUUAGCGAUCUAUAUCGUCGUUGUGUUUCCUGCAGGGAAAAAAAAAGCUGAUGGAAAAAUGAAAAUGAACCAGUAAAAGUUAAAAGGAUCUUAGACAGCGUGUAAUGGUCCUUUUUCAGUUAAUUUUUCUAUCGGCAUUUAAACAUUUCUUUAUGUUGGUGCCUUGGUCACAAAUACAUCAUGUAUUCAAUUAUUUUAAAUACUAUGUUUC